AUGGAGCUUAACAUUGUGGUUGUUGCGCUUUUGAUAUCCGUGCUUGCCUUGGCUCACUCAACUGUGGGCCAACAGCAGCGACAGCGACCAUUUUAUCCAGCCGCAGGAGCUGCCAAGCCACUCCGGCAACUUCCUUUGGUCGCACAGCCAUCUAGAAGUUAUGGACCUCCAGCUGCUGUGCCUGCUCCGGCGCCUGCUCCUGUUCCUGCCCAGCCAAAGCCAGCAAGACUUGUGGCGAAUAGCGAGGCUCAAGAAGAUAUUGAUGAUGCCGUCGAGCAAGUGCCCGUUACCAACAAGGCAACUCAACCUGCCCCAGCUGCUCCACCUUCGGCCAUUGUUCAGCCAACUAUUGCCUAUUAUCCCGCCCAACUUGGAGGCUUUAUACAGCCAACGGCAUUUGCCAGAAUAACAGCAGCACCUGUUCCAUUGCAGACGAGUCCCUAUAUUGCCAGAUAUCCCUAUUAUGCUGCCUACUUUGGUUAG